CGCCCGCGGGGGAGCGGCGGCGGUGGCGGCGGCGGCGGCGGCGGCGCAGGAGGCUGGGCCCGGGCGCCGGGGGACUGACGGACGCUGGGGCGGGCGAGCCGGGAGUCAUGGAGCGCGGCCCGGAGGCCGGGGAGCGCGGGCCGGGACGGCUUUCCGUCAUCAGAACAUGGACACGUGUAGCUGCCAGGCUCCCGGGGGCUCGACUUGGACCACGAUGGGGCUGGGCUGUGGCCCCCUAACGGGGCUCUUGUCUGGGGCGGCGGCCUGGGGGUGCCCUCCCCCCGGCCCUGGUCUCGGAGCACCCCCGUCCCUCCUCCCGAGCCGUGAGCAGCCCGCCCCCGGGGCCCGGCGCCCGCCAUGAACGGCCUGUCGGUGACCGAGCUGUGCUGUCUGUUCUGCUGCCCGCCGUGCCCUGGCCGCAUCGCCGCCAAGCUGGCCUUCCUGCCGCCCGAGCCCACCUACUCGUUCCUGCCGGAGCCCGAGCCAGCCCCUGGGGGCUCGAGCACCACGUCCUCGGGCUCCCGCUCGACCAGCAAUCCCGGGCGCUGGAAGCUGCAUCUGCUGGAACGCGCUGACUUCCAGUACGGCCAGCGCGAGCUGGACACCAUCGAGGUCUUCGUGACCAAGAGCAGCCGCGGGAACCGGGUGGCCUGCAUGUACGUGCGCUGCGUGCCCAGUGCCAGGUACACGGUGCUCUUUUCGCACGGCAACGCCGUCGACCUGGGCCAGAUGAGCAGCUUCUACCUGGGGCUGGGCACCCGCAUCAACUGCAACAUUUUCUCCUACGACUACUCGGGAUAUGGUGUCAGCUCGGGCCGGCCCUCCGAGAAGAACCUGUAUGCCGACAUCGACGCCGCCUGGCAGGCGCUGCGCACGCGGUACGGCAUCAGCCCGGACAGCAUCGUCCUGUACGGGCAGAGCAUCGGCACGGUGCCCACUGUGGACCUGGCCUCUCGCUAUGAGUGCGCGGCCGUGAUCCUGCACUCCCCGCUGACCUCGGGCAUGCGUGUCGCCUUCCCUGACACCAAGAAGACCUACUGCUUUGACGCAUUCCCCAACAUCGAGAAGGUGUCCAAGAUCACGUCGCCGGUGCUCAUCAUCCAUGGCACGGAGGACGAGGUGAUCGACUUCUCGCACGGGCUGGCCCUCUACGAACGCUGCCCCAAGGCCGUAGAGCCGCUGUGGGUGGAGGGGGCGGGGCACAACGACAUCGAGCUCUACAGCCAGUACCUGGAACGGCUGCGGCGCUUCAUCUCCCAGGAGCUGCCCAGCCGGCGUGCGUAGGUGGCCAGCGGCACGAGGAGCGCGCCCAGCCGCGGAGCCCGGACCUCAGCAAUAAGGCGGCCCUCGGACCUUGUCCUGCCACCCCCCCCAUAUCCGUGGGGGGGGCUGCAUGUGAACCCCUCGGAUGCCCCCAGGCCCCUCAGGCAGCCCCACCAGGCAGGUGGGCCAGGACUUAACCCCUGUCCAGGGGCUGCGGACGAUGUCCAGGUGACAGCGCCCUGCUCACCCUUCUUUUGAGAAGCGAAAAAAGAAAGAUAAAACAUGAACACAAAUUAAAGAUUUAAAAUUUUAGGGUU